AUGUUUCCCGGUGAGUAUGAGAGAGGACUGACCAAACAACCUAUCGCAGUAAUACCUGCCGAUGCGAGUGUUUACAUGGCUCCAGCGAGUCGUUUACAUUACGCGAAGGCGUAUCCGGUUGAAAUGAACGUAAAAGUGAAGAAUAUCGGUGACGUGGAUUCCGCGUGCUUGGAUCUGUUGCUGCAAUAUUACAGAGAAGAGAACUUGCCGGAAGGCUUCGCAUAUCCUGGCUUGAUCACCUCGUAUCCUGCUAAGAGUGAAAGUAUCAGCGCAGCUGGAGACCUUUUCGUUUUCAAGCUCUUCGAUUCAGAAUUUGAAACUGUUAACAAUCCGAAGGCCUUCUUUAAAAAGGGCAGAGUUUUCAUGACUCCUUGGCCAGAACCAUCAGGAGAUGCUAUCAAGGACCAGACGGGGCCACGCGUUUCUGUCAAAAUUCGAACAUUUGUCGUCAUACGCCCGCAAAAUGGACAUUGCACCUGCAUACCUAUCAACACGUAUCAGGACCAAGGAACAAGAAAACCAGGCGUGAUUGCAAAGGAUCAUGCUGCCGUGGUACCUGUCGGCGAGAGGUCGACAGAGCAUCCCCUGGAGAGCCUCACGAAAUCUCCCAUCUUCCUGAAGGUGGAGAAUCUUUCCACUGGUCCCGUGGAUCCGAUGUCGCGCAUUAACUUCGCCAAAGUAUACACGAUUGAGGAGAACGUUAAAGUUCGCAACAUAGGGCGAAUUGUACCCGAGUCAAUUCAUCAGAUGGAUGAGUAUUUCAAAGAAUCCUUCAAGUUUGGAACAGAAUCCACCACACCCGGUCAAACCCAGGUCCACCAAGCUCCAGCACAUUCAUACCAGCCUUACCAAACUCAACCAUAUCAAAGUCAGACAUACCAGACUCAGACAUACCAGCCUCAGACAUACCAGCCUCAAUCAUACCAGUACUAG